AAACAUGCGCAUCUAACCUUGUGUUAAAAGCUGUUGUAAAACCUGCUUUUGAAACGGCGUCAAAACAGUUUUUUAUGUUAGAUUUAGCAUUCAGAGAUAUUCGGGAGUCAUGAACAAAUACAUCUUACCUGUUUCUGUGUUUGGGACAGUAAUUGGAACUGCUGUUUUACUAAAGAACCAUAUGACUGGAGGCCGGUGUACUAGUAAAGCUACCAUAACUGGGAAGACUGUGGUAAUAACAGGAGCCAACACCGGCAUCGGGAAAGAGACGGCCCGGGAACUGGCCAAGAGAGGGGGUCGCAUCAUUAUGGGAUGUCGAGACAUGGAAAAGUGUGAGACAGCUGCAAAGGAAAUUCGAGGGAAGACCCUGAAUCGUCACGUUUACGCUUGCAAACUCGACCUGGCAUCAAUGAAAUCCAUCAGAGAGUUUGCAGAGAAAAUCAAACGAGAGGAGCAGCGUGUGGAUGUUCUGAUAAACAAUGCAGGGGUUAUGAGAUGUCCAGCAGGAAAGACAGAAGAUGGCUUCGACAUGCAGUUUGGAGUUAACCACCUAGGCCACUUCUUGUUGACAAAUCUUCUGCUGGAUAAGUUGAAAGAGUCCGCCCCCAGCAGAGUGAUCAACCUGGCCUCCCUCGCCCACAUCGUUGGAAAGAUGGACUUCGAGGACUUGCACUCGGAGAAAAAGAAGUUUGAUACCAAGCAGGCGUACUGUCAGAGCAAGCUUGCCAAUGUUCUGUUCACCAGAGAGCUCGCCAAGCGCUUACAAGGCACAGGAGUCACGGUGAAUGCUGUGCACCCGGGCGUCGUUGCCACGGAGCUCGGGAGGCACACCAAUCUGCACCAAUCACAGUUCUCCACCACUGUGCUCAGUCCUUUUUUCACGCUGUUGGUGAAGAGCCCGGAGCUGGGGGCCCAGCCUAGCGUCUACCUGGCCGUGUCCGAGGAGAUGGAGGGAGUGACUGGGGGUUACUAUGAUGUGAUGACAGAAAAGGAGCCUGCGCCUGAGGCUCUGGAUGAGGAUGUGGCUCGCAGGCUGUGGGAGGUCAGCAGCAGGCUGGUGGGUCUGGAGGAGGAAGGACAAUUGAAACCCCCAACAGAGGUCCAGAGCAGAGCUGCCCAGCCGGUCCUCGCUCAGACACAGGGACAGAGUGUCGGUACUGUGGGGCUGUAGGCCUGCGCUGGCCUCUGGACCUGCAGGGGAUAAUGGACCUUUUAUGGCUUGAGUUGUGCCAGGCUCGCUGAAAUAACUCACAGUCUGAGUCUGAGUGGCUGCUUGUCUGUGUAAAUGCAUUGUUUUGUACAGGCCUUCAUGUUCCUGCAUCAGGAUAUUUUCUUUAAAACACGUUUAACAAGCAGCCUUUGAA